CAUUAGGAGUGUGGUUGGGAUUUUUAAUCAGAUUUUUGGUUAUAUAUUAUUAGAAGAAAUAUAGUUAUAGUAGCCUUAAAAACACUACGUUCAAAAUGCCGCGUAUUAUGAUAAAGGGUGGUGUUUGGCGAAACACAGAGGAUGAAAUUCUUAAAGCUGCUGUUAUGAAAUAUGGCAAAAAUCAGUGGUCUCGUAUAGCCUCACUUUUACACAGAAAAUCGGCCAAGCAAUGCAAAGCUCGUUGGUUUGAGUGGCUGGAUCCCAGCAUAAAAAAGACUGAAUGGUCAAGGGAAGAAGAUGAAAAAUUACUGCACUUAGCUAAACUUAUGCCUACCCAGUGGAGAACUAUUGCUCCUAUAAUUGGACGAACGGCAGCUCAGUGUCUGGAGAGAUAUGAGUAUUUGUUGGAUCAGGCACAAAAAAAGGAAGAAGGAGAAGAUGCUGGGGAUGAUCCCAGGAAACUUAAACCUGGAGAAAUUGAUCCCAAUCCAGAAACAAAACCUGCUAGACCUGAUCCUAAAGACAUGGAUGAAGACGAAUUGGAAAUGUUAUCUGAAGCUCGGGCACGAUUGGCAAACACACAGGGUAAAAAAGCUAAAAGGAAGGCCAGAGAAAAACAACUUGAGGAAGCGCGUCGUUUAGCAGCAUUGCAAAAACGCAGAGAACUUAGAGCUGCUGGGAUUGAGGUCAAUCCACGCAAACGUAAGAAGCGAGGGGUGAAUUACAACGCAGAAAUUCCUUUUGAGAAAAGGCCUGCUAUUGGAUUUUAUGACACUUCAAAUGAAGUUUUGGAUCCAAUGGCACAGGAUUUCUCUAAAAUGACGCAACAGACUUUGGAUGGAGAAUUAAGAAGUGAACAGGAGGAGAAAGAAAGGAAGAAAGAUAAACAGAAAUUAAAACAGAGAAAGGAGAAUGAUAUUCCUCAAGCCAUGUUGCAAAAUCAGGAACCUGCUAGGAAAAGGUCCAAGUUGGUACUACCAGAACCCCAAAUUUCUGAUAAAGAGCUACAUGAGGUGAUAAAACUGGGGCGUGCUAGUGAAGUAGCUAAAGAAGUUGCCUCUGAAAGUGGCAUAGAAACUACAGAUACUUUAUUAAAUGAUUAUACAGUUACUCCACAAGCGGCUGCCACUCCCAGAACACCUGCACCGCAAACUGAUAGGAUUCUGCAAGAAGCUCAAAAUGUAAUGGCUCUAACACAUGUUGACACACCUCUAAAGGGAGGCUUAAAUACACCAUUACAUAACUCUGACUUUAGUGGUGUGACUCCACAAGUUCAAGCUGUUGCCACUCCAAACACUGUAUUAGCGACUCCAUUUAGAUCAGCUAGGAGUGAUGGGGGUGCCACCCCAGGGAGUACAGGGUUUAUGACGCCCCGCAGUGGAGCUAUAGUCCCAUUGAGUGGAGGACAACCAGUGAAUUUUGCUUCAUCUGUUAGGGAUAGACUUAACAUCAAUCCUGCAGAGGGAAUGGAGGUGGGAGAUACACCAGCCCAGCAUCGAAUAUUUCAGUCGUCACUAAAACAACAACUUAAGAUAGGUUUGAGUAGCCUUCCACAGCCCAGAAAUGAUUAUGAAAUAGUGGUUCCGGAACAUGAAGAUGAGCAUGUACCUGAACAAGCUCAGAAUCAACAAAUUGAAGAUCAGACUGAUAUAGACAAGAGAUAUCAGGAGGAAAUGAAAAUCAAAGCAGCCAGGGAGUUGGCCUUGAGGUCUCAGGUUAUACAGAGAGAAUUUCCUCGUCCUCAAGAUAUCAACCUUUCAGUUCUAAGGCCAGCAAAUGAAAGUUACUCAUUAACCGAAUUGCAACGGGCAGAGGAACUGAUCAAAUGUGAAAUGGUCACCAUGUUGCAAUAUGACAACUUGAAAAAUCCUUUACCGACCCAAGUUAAAAGAUCAACUCUAUCGCAAGCCCAGCAGUUGGCUUUUUUAGAAGAGCAUCCUUACGAAAGCUUCAGGACAGAAGACCUAGAGGUGGCCAAGAAAAUGUUGAAGCGAGAAAUGGAUGUGGUGAAAAUGGGUAUGAGUCAUGGAGAAUUGCCAAUUGAAGCUUACACUCAAGUAUGGGAAGAAUGCUUAAGUCAAGUACUGUUUUUGCCCAACCAGAAUAGAUAUACCAGAGCUAACCUUGCUAGCAAGAAGGACAGAUUAGAAUCUGCAGAAAAACGCUUAGAACAGAAUAGGUCUCAUAUGGCGAAAGAGGCCAAGAGAGCUGCAAAGAUGGAGAAAAAAUUGAAAAUUUUGACUGGAGGCUAUCAGUCGCGAGCGCAAGCGCUGAUCAAGCAACUUCAGGACCUCUAUGAAAAUAUUGACCAAGCAAACCUAGAAUUGAAUACCUUUAAGUUCUUGCAAGAACAAGAGAGAGCAGCACUUCCCAAAAGGAUUCAGUCCCUAACAGAGGACGUGAACCGGCAAAUGGAAAGGGAAAAAACAUUACAAAAGAAAUAUGCCGAUCUGCAUCAUCAAAUCCGAGAGCUCCAGGAUGAGUACAGCAAUCUUCAAAUCGAAGUAAAUAGCUCUAAUCAAAGUCACGCAGACGUUGUCCAAGUCGUCCAAAUCAAUAUGAAUGGAACCGAGCAAGAUGUAACGAGCACAGAGACAGAGGGAAAUGACAGUAAUGAAUAG